GAAAAGGCCUCGAUUUUAAAUGUUUAAACAUAAGAGUUUGCAGUUUCGAGUAUCUUCUCUUUUAGAAGAAUUGAAGAUUGUUUAUCUUCUCAGGUGUCUUGAUCUCUCAUUAACUAUCGGAAGCUGCGAUAUAAAAUCCCUCAAUUUCUGUUUUUCAAAAAAAGCAAACGGAAUAGAGAUCAGACAAGAUGAAUAUAUUCAGGUUAGCAGGUGACAUGACUCACCUUGCAAGUGUUCUCGUCUUGCUCCUCAAGAUCCACACCAUCAAAUCAUGCGCUGGCAUUUCUUUGAAGACUCAAGAACUCUAUGCCAUUGUUUUUGCUACUCGUUACUUGGAUAUUUUUACCUCCUACAUAUCCUUUUACAAUACUAUCAUGAAGUUGAUAUUUUUGGGGAGUUCGUUUUCAAUCGUUUGGUACAUGAGGCACCACAAGAUUGUUAGGAGGUCUUAUGAUAAAGAGCAAGACACAUUCCGCCAUUACUUCCUUGUGCUGCCUUGCCUAGUGUUUGCCCUUGUCAUAAAUGAGAAAUUCACCUUUCAGGAGGUUAUGUGGACAUUUUCAUUGUACUUGGAGGCAGUUGCUAUACUUCCACAGCUUGUGCUCUUACAGAGGACCAGGAAUAUUGAUAACCUGACAGGGCAAUAUGUAUUUCUUCUUGGUGCAUAUCGGGCAUUAUAUAUUCUCAACUGGAUUUACCGCUACUUCACUGAGCCACACUAUGUCCAUUGGAUACCUUGGAUUUCGGGGAUUGUUCAAACGCUGCUCUAUGCUGACUUCUUCUAUUAUUAUUUCCAAAGCUGGAAGAACAACAAGAACUUGCAGCUACCGGCUUAAAAUGUCAUCUUCCAUUGCCAAAAGCUAGAGAGAAAAUGUAUUGGUUUGGAGAUCUAUACAAAAUGUGGCAACUGCAGAUUACUGCUCUUUCUUAAGUUUUUAUACGCGGGUGCCUUGCAUUGCAAGGCACCUAUUUAGUUGGUAUUCAUGAAUGCCCCAGUGAAUUUAAUUUGUUAGUGGCACUUAGUGCUCCCUUGUAGAGCUAUUGACAUCUCCAUGAAUUCCCUUGGGAUCAUUUAAUAGAUGGUGAUUAAAGAGUAUGAUGGUGAUAACCCAUUACAAUUUGCCACUGCCAACUUGCGGCCCAUCAUUUUAAGGUUGUCUUUGGGUUCCAGUUGCUUCCGACAGUGAAUUUGUCUUGCAAUACAAGGGUGCUGUGUUCUUCA